AUCCAGAGCAAACAUAAUCUGCUGGGACUAACUGCACUCCACAGGGAUUGUUUUUUAAUUUAAAGUAUCAGAGAUAUUUUUACUUUCAACACUUCAACAGCACCUUUAAAUAAAGUAAAGUAUCUACAUGCUGUGAAACUAAUCAACAGAGUUACAGCGCUCACGUGAGACAGGAGACAAGGAGGGAGCAAACUCAUCUGAAAAGUGAAAUGGCAGCUGAGCUGGACGUGCUGAAUCUGAUCGUCAUUGCGGGAGGAACGCUGGCAAUUCCCAUCCUGGCCUUUUUUGCGUCCUUCCUCCUCUGGCCCUCAGCACUCAUUAAAGUGUAUUACUGGUACUGGAGGAGGACUCUGGGCUUGCAGCUGCGCUACGCAGACUGCGGUGGUUAUCGUUUCUGUUACGCCUACAGAGGAAAGCCCGGGAUGAGACCCUCCAUUUUAAUGCUGCACGGCUUCUCUGCUCACAAAGACACGUGGCUCACUGUGGUCAAGUAUCUACCAAAACAUCUGCACAUUGUGUGUGUGGACAUGCCUGGUCAUGAGGGAACGACACGCACCAACGCAGAGGAUUACUCCAUCGAGGGGCAGGUCAGAAGGAUCCAUCAGUUUGUGGAAAGCAUUCGCUUAAACAAGAAACCUUUCCAUGUGGUUGGGACCUCCAUGGGGGGAAAUGUAGCCGGGGUUUAUGCAGCCUGCUACCCGUCAGAGAUCUGUAGUAUGACUCUCAUUUGUCCAGAUGGGAUAAGACACCCAUGUGAGACCAAAUUUGACAAUCAUCUGCAGGACCUGGAACACAGCAAUUACACUUUAAACAUCCCGCUGAUCCCCACUACACCCGAGGAGAUGGAGAACAUGUUCAGACUUUGCUCUCAUGUUCGCUUUAAAAUCCCUCAGCAGAUUCUCCAAGGGUUGGUUGAUGUUCGAGAGCCUCACAAUUCAUUUUACGAAGAAGUAUUUAUGGAGAUUGUCGGAGAGAAAUCAAGAUAUGCCUUACAGGAGCACUUACAUCUGAUCACUGCACCUUUACAAGUGAUAUGGGGCAAACAAGACCAGGUGGUGGAUGUCUCUGGAGCUACAGUCAUUAAAGAGGUGUUACCUGGGUGCAGAGUGGACCUGCUGGAUAACUGUGGACACGCUGUGGUGAUGGAGAGGCCUUGUCGGACAGCCAAACUCAUCCUGGAGUUCAUCAUCUUGCAGCAAGAUGUCAGGGGUGGCACAAAGAAAUCCUCCUGAACUAAAGACUUUGAUCUUUUCUUACCACUGCAGUGCUUCACGUGUUCCCUGUACGUGACAUUCAUGUGUAAACAGAUGUCUCAGCUUUAAAAAAUGUGCACUAAUAGGACAGAGAGCAAGGUUUAUAGUGUUCCAACAUUACUUAGAUGAUUAACAUAACUUGCACUUGAUUUGUAAGCUGCGUCAUGAUAAUAAAACUCCCAGUAUGUGACUGUGAUGUGUGAAUGUAU